CCCAACAUGUGUGGUGAUGUUAAUUUUCUGUUUGACAAACCUCUUGUUAAACUGUUCUCUGGUCUACUUCAGUCAUGUUUUACCCCUCGACCCAAAACAAACUGAAGCCAACAAACAUGUAAUACACUAAAGGAGCCCACUAUUCAGCAACGUCCAUUUCAAGUCUUUUGUUUCCAUUAUUCCACUAUUUUACUUGCUGGGUAUUGCCAGGAAAAUGCUAGACAGUUUUAAUGCAGUCUGAGUUUUAGUUCAGAUUUUAGCAGCAUGUAUUUGAUUAAAGGGCUUCUGCUUCCUGCUUUCUUACAGUGCAGAGGCUUUGCUGCUUGCUCUCACCUCUGCUUGCAUUCUUUUGCUGAUAUUCUUGUUUUUUCUGCUAGAAAUUAUGAGCAGUGGCCCCUGGAUACUUAUAAAUCAUUGGAACUAUGUGGCAAUGACACCACUUUACCAUGGACUCAAAGCAGUGGACAAGAGCAACACACAGCUAAUUAGCACCAAUAAGACUACCGAGAAACAGGAGGGCUGUGUAACGGGUAAUAAAUCUACAAGUAGUAGUCCUCCCUGGAACUCUCUUGGUGCAAAGCCUAAGAGUAAAUCAUUUCCCUGGGAAAUGGGAGGACGAGUAACAGGCAGAGCCCAGUGCCCUGAGAUUUGUGAUGCGACUGGCUGGCUUGCAUUAUCAUCCAGGCAGAACGCCACGACACAGCCGUGGACAGCUGCGAAAGGGAGAGUUAGCAACAAACCUCCCCAACAACCAAGUGUGCACCUGCAGAACAAAUUUGCUCCACUGUUGCAGGACUCUGGAUCUCUGUCUGAUGACCUGGAUAACCUCUCAUCUUCACACAGCAGGGACAAGAUACAAGAGGAAUCAAAACAAGAGGACAUAACACAGGGUGGCAGAAACCUUGAAGGAGAGCUACCCCAGCCCCCGCCUGAAGAGAGCUUUAAUCAUCGGAGCCGAGAGGAAGAGUCUCCACCCCCCUCACCAACAACCACCCGUGAGGAUUCACCCUUUCUCCUUCCUCCCUCCUCUUGGAGUUCACUGACCAGAUGAAAGAGCUGGUCACUGCUGGAACAAAACUUACCCCCUGUCCCUUCCCUCGCUCUACUCCCAUUUUCUCUCCCCUAAACCCUCCUCGGCACCCACUUCCACCAUUGGCUUUAAGUCCUCCGCCAGUUUUGACACAUUUGUCACAGUUACAGCACCCAGCCCCCCAUGACAGCCUCAGAAUCAUCCUGUCUCCCCAGCCUGAUAAAAGUACAGCACAUCCAGUUGCUAGUGUACAAAAUGCAACAGGCUUACUGAUAUCUGCUGUCCAGGCUACAAGGCUAAUGGCACUCAUGACGCACGGACAAGCCGGGGCCCUGUGUGCUGGCAGCUUUCUCAGUUCCUGUCUUGAUAGGUAAUAGAAAAAGAAUGGAGGAUCAUCUAAGAAACAGGAAGCACUCAACUGGUUCUGCAAAUUUAUCAAAUUUAGCAUUCAUUCCUCAUCAGCCACAGCCUGUCGCAAAAAAUGUGGCAGAUAAUGCUUUUAACACACUGAAUUUAGCAUUAUUCAACUACAGGCCUUUGGCAGGAAAAACGUUUUUAAUCAAUUUAAUCAAUUUCAUGUUUUUAACUGAAACUUGGUUAGACCAUGAUAACAGUGCAGCUGUGUAGUCUACCCCUCACAACUUCAGUUUUAUGAACGAAGCUAGCGUGCAUAUGAAAGGAGGUGGAGUUUAGCCAUUUUGUUUAAUGAUUCCCUCCAAUGCAAGAUGUCUUGUGGAAAUUUUGCUUCUUCUGAAUAUAUGGCUCUUCAGUUGAAUUCCUCUACUUGAUCUAUAUUUCUAAAUAUCUACAGGCCACCUAAAUACUGUGCAAACUUUUUUGAUGACUUUACUGAACUGCUGUCUAUAAUCUGUAUUGACUUUGACUGUGAAGUCAUUAUUGGUGAUUUUAACAUCCAUGUUGACAACCUCCAGGACAGAGGGACUAAAGAACUGUGUUGUGUUCUUGAUAACUAUGGACUGACUCAGCAUGUGACGGAGCCCACUCACAACAAGGGGCACAUUCUGGACUUAAUCAUCUCCAAGGGUCUGAACAUUUCUAGGGUUGUGGUGGCUGAUGUCGCUCUCUCUGGUCAUUCAUGCGUUUUCUUGAGGGUGCAGAAUUUUCUUCAAUUAAACAAAAGAUAAAACUGAAGUCAUUGUUUUUGGAGCCAAGGAGGAACGAUUAAAAGUCAGCACUCAGCUUCAAUCAGUAAUGUUAAAAACCACAAACUGAGCCAGACAUCUUGGUGUAGUCAUGGACUCAGACCUGAAUUUCAACAUCCACAUUAAAACAAUUACAAAGUCAGCCUACUACCACCUUAAGAGUAUAUCCAGAAUUAAAGGACUUAUGUCUCAGCAGGAUUUGGAAAAACUUGUCCAUGCAUUUACCUUCAGUAGACUACUGUAACAGUGUCUUUACAGGUCUCUCUCUCUAAAAAAUAAAAUCAAUCAGACAGCUGCAGCUGAUUCACAACGCUGCUGCUCGCGUCCUCACUAAGACCAAGAAAGUGGAUCACAUCAC